UCUCUGCAGCCCUGAGGACAACACUGCGUCUCUGCCUGGGUUUGCUCCCUAAUUGACCUAAAUACAGCGUCUCUGCGCUGCCUCAAGACAGACUCCGACAGGAGAGGCUCCCGACAACGAGACACACUCGGGUUUUGAUUGAUUAUUUUGUUUGUCUGGAGUUUCAUCGCUUCAUGGGGACGGUUUGAAUUUGCGUCCGGAUCUCUUGCAACUGGAGGCUUGAGCUAUUAUUUGCGCUCAUGGAUCGCGUCUGGGCGGUUUUACGCGGAGCAGGGGACACUCCUGUUUGGGAAGCAGACACAUUCCCGGGAAUGAUUUUAUAACGUUCAGAAGGGGAAGUGUUUUUUGGGGGGGGGGAAGUCACAAUGCUGGACGGUAAAGCGCCGACGUCGAAGCGCAAUGCUGCGUCGAGAGGUUCGUCUUUUUACAUUGAGAAUUUGCUGGGAACCGCAGACAGAGCAGUCCCAGCUGAGGAGCGGGUGGAGACCUCGGACUUCAGAGUUACCGUCCACAGCCCGGCGAUGUGUCCGGGACGUUUGGACAACGAGGAGCUGAACUGGAGAGGGACGUCACCAAACACAGUGAACCACAGCUCAAGAAGUCCACGGUACAGGCCCAGCUACCCGGAUGAGCACGGAGACACUCUACCGAGCAGCGACCGGGAUUCCCCAGCUUUAACGGGGCAUGCGGAGGAGAAGGAGGGAGACAGUUUGACGGAUGAGAGAGAGGACGACGCACCCUCCUCCUGCUUCUCUCGAGAGGACGGCUCUGACCCAGGUGACACAAAAGUGGGCCGGAAGAAGAAGACCCGCACCGUGUUCAGCCGCAGUCAGGUCUUCCAGCUGGAGUCCACGUUCGACCUGAAGCGCUACCUGAGCAGCACGGAGCGGGCCGGCCUGGCCGCCUUGCUGCAGCUCACGGAGACCCAGGUGAAGAUCUGGUUCCAGAACCGCAGGAACAAGUGGAAGAGGCAGAUCACCGAGGACAUGGAGGCUGGGAGCAGCACAGCCACCGUGCGUCCCUACGCCGCACAGAGGGUCAUCCGAGUUCCCGUGCUGUAUCGCGAGAGCGUCGCCUCGCCUAUGACGCUGAGCGGCCAAGUGUCACCACUGUCUGUGGGCUUCCAUAAUGCGAUUAACUAUCCAUUGACUUCUCGCUUCACUCAUCCUGUGUCGUUUUUGACGCCACAGAUGGCUGGACUGGUGGGACUUUAAAAAGGUGCACGAGAAGUUACAGCAAUUCUUGUGUCUCUUUGGACAAUUUAUUAAAUAAAUAUGCUGCAUAAAUGUUGAUUUUACUUCCAGAUCAGAUUUUUUUAAAUCUAAUUUUCUGCUCAUGCACAGCAGAUAAUUCAACCUGUGUCAAACUGUUUCUUUGGGACCUUUUCUAGAAGCAACUUUUGGGAAAUAAAGCCAGAUUUAACUCAAGGUGGAUCACUCAUAAGCCAUCGGGAUCCUUCUCUGUAGCUUUUUUAAUAUCCUCGAAACAAAACAAUUUCUCCACAUUAGCAGCGUUUUUUUCAAUUCAUGUUAAAAACCUGACAUUUCUUAUGAUUCUCUGUUAGAUUUAAUAAGUAUGAUGGAUAUUUUUUGGGACUCUUGAAGCCGCCCCGAGGACACUACACACAAGAUCACACAGAAUUAAAAUAUGGUUCUAUUUUGUGGUCAUUUUUCAAAAUUGUAUGGAUGACCCACAGACAGAUGGGAACACUUAAGUGUCAUAAUAUUUCGAGCUUGAGGAAUAAUGGGUUCGGACAUCACUUCAAAACUAGUGUUUGUCUGUGACACAAAACUGCAUGAGAAGUACAAAUGAGUGGUCAAGAAAAUGUGGGAAUAAAGAAUUGUGGAGAGUUUAUGUCAAGGAGAAGUUAAACAAAGACGAAAAAGUACAGAUUCAAAAACUCAAGUUCCUACACUGUGGUUGACACAUUUAAACACAUUUUCUUUACAAGGAAUGUGUUAAAUUGUAUUUCUUUGUGUAACAUGAGCUGGAACCUUUUCCUAACAUGUGCCACUGGUUUCAAAGUUCUCUCUGAACCUUAUUUCACGAGCUCUAAAUCUUUUGGACCCUUAUUUGAGCACAUACACAUCCUGUCCUGCGGGGAUUUAAUCAUUGGAUCAUUUGACAAAUGCAGAGAAAUUGAAAUUUACCAUGUGCAGAAUUUCUAUCAUUUAUGAAAAAGACAUUUUAGUGUUUGUGAAUUUUGAUAGCUUUAGAAAUACCCUAAAAUCUUUGACAUUUUUUAUUUAAGAGGAUUAUAAUACAGAUUGUUUUGUACACUGAUGUUCACGUUAAUAAAAUUGAUGCACAAAUUG